UAGAAACACAACCUCAUAAAGAUGAUGAAGUUCCCAGUAAAAGAAUUAAACAGUAACUUUUGUAAACACAUUUUUCGUAAUUUUUCGUCUGCAUUGUAUAUAACUGGUGACAAGGCACAAAAAAAUUUUGCAGUCUUAAUUCCACACAUUGAUUUUGAAGAACGAAUACAAAAUAAAGGAGAAUUGCUUAAUAACAUUAAAGUCCGUAAAUUAGAUUUAGAUUUAAAUAAUAUAGAAAAAACUUGGAAGUUUUAUAAAAAUUUAUUGCAAAGAAAGAUAAUAUUAGAUCAGACACGAAUAGAAAUUGGAAAAGAAAUCGCUAAUUUGACUUCCAACAUUAAUGUAGAGGCAAACCAAGAAAAGAAACUUAAGAUGCAUGCAAGAAUUAUUAAAGAUGAUUUAAAAACAAUGAAGGAAUAUUUAUAUAGUAUAGAAGAAGAUGCUGCAAUAAAAGCCUUAAGUUUGCCAAACAUUUUGCAUAAGAAAACACCCAUAUCAGAUCAUGAGGUGCUGCAUCAAUUUUUAGAAAAGCCUACAGAGAAAUCAGAAAAUCAUUUAAGUAUAGCUGAAAAGAAUGAUUUAAUAGAAUUUUAUGAUCCUCUCUAUUAUUUUUUCAAGCACAAAUGUGCAACUUUUGAAAUGAAAAUUCUAGAUUAUUUUCGAGAAUACAUGUUAAAGAAUUUAUUUACUUAUUUUUCAAAUCCAGAUUUUGCAAGAAGCAUUGUUGUUGAAGGAUGUGGUGGAGAUUUUAAUAAUCCAAAUGAAAGUUUUAUUUUAGAAAGUUCUGAGGACACAUUUGUUUCUGAAUUAAACCGUUUGCAUCUAGUUGGAGGUGCAUCUUUAUGCUCAUUUAUGGCCUAUUUUACCAGACAUUUGAUACAAAUCGGUUAUUUUCCUUUGAAAUAUUUUACAUGUGGUAGAAAAUAUCAGCCACCAAUACAAGCAGAAGCAAGCCUAUUUACUACUGGUCAAGAAACAGCUAUAGAAUUAUUUGUUGCAACUACAGACUGUUUAGAACAAGAGGAUCAUGAAAUUGAAAAUAUUAUCAGAAUAUUAAGAUGUUUAUAUGAUUCUUUGGGUUUUCAUUAUCAGUUGAUUGCUGUUCCUGCCCACAAACUUAAGAAUUAUGAAUGCAUGCGAAUAUCAGUGCAAAUGUUGUCAUGCUCUUUGCAAGAAUAUGUAGAAGUUGCACAUCUGUCAGUGUGUGACAAUUAUUUAAGUAAAAGACUUCUAUGCACCUAUAUUGAAGAGAAAAAACGGAAAUUUCCUAGAAUUCUGUCAGGAACAAUCUUGAGCAUCCAGAAAUUGUUGGGAUGUGUAAUAGAAUAUAAUAGUAUAAAUAAAAGGGAUUUGUUAUGGCAUAAAAACAUUUAAAAAAUAAACAUUUUUGACCUUAA